AUGGCGAAUACAGCGCCAGGAAUGGAAUCGCAGAGGCCGCAGAAAGAUACCCGGCCACAGACUGAAGAUGUGACAGCGACAAAAGGGAAUGAUUUUGAAGAUUUUUUUCUGAAGCGGGAGCUGCUCAUGGGUAUAUUUGAAGCAGGUUUUGAGCAUCCCUCUCCUAUCCAAGAAGAGGCAAUUCCUAUUGCCUUGUCUGGUCGUGAUGUUUUAGCACGUGCAAAAAAUGGCACAGGAAAGACGGCCGCGUAUGUCAUUCCUACGCUAGAGCGUGUCAAUACGAAAAAAAAUAAGAUCCAAGCUGUGUUGCUCGUCCCUACGCGCGAACUUGCACUCCAGACAAGCCAGGUGGCUAAAACGCUAGGCAAGCAUUUGGGUAUCGAGAUCAUGGUAAGCACCGGCGGAACAACAUUGAAAGAUGACAUAUUGCGUCUUGGACAAACUGUACACAUUUUGGUAGGCACGCCAGGCCGCAUUCUUGAUCUCGCAAGUAAGGGUAUUGCGGAUCUUAGUCAGUGUACGACAUAUGUCAUGGACGAAGCUGACAAGCUUCUCUCACCUGAGUUUACGCCUGUUAUGGAACAGCUUCUAGGCCUGUUGCCGAAGGAACGUCAGGUCAUGCUAUUUUCGGCAACGUUCCCACUUAUUGUCAAAGACUUCAAGGACAAGCACAUGGUGAAGCCAUACGAAAUCAAUCUCAUGGACGAACUCACACUGCGUGGUGUGACGCAAUAUUAUGCAUUCGUUGAGGAACGCCAAAAAGUUCACUGCCUGAACACGCUCUUCUCCAAGCUCCAAAUUAACCAGUCCAUCAUCUUUUGUAACUCGACUAACCGCGUUGAGCUUUUGGCCAAGAAGAUCACUGAACUUGGCUAUUCCUGCUUUUACUCCCAUGCUAAGAUGCUCCAAGCACAUCGAAACCGUGUGUUCCAUGAUUUCCGGAACGGUGCUUGCCGCAACCUGGUAUGCUCAGAUCUCUUGACACGUGGUAUCGAUAUUCAGGCUGUGAAUGUUGUUAUUAACUUUGACUUUCCGAAGAACGCCGAAACAUACUUGCACAGAAUUGGACGUAGUGGCCGUUUCGGUCACAUGGGGCUGGCAAUCAAUCUGAUUACUUACGAAGACCGCUUCAACCUGUAUCGAAUUGAGCAAGAGCUAGGCACAGAAGUUCAGCCGAUUCCUGCCACCAUUGAUAAGCGCCUCUACGUCGCGCCAUCUUUGAUUCAGGAGGCAGAAAACCGCGAACGCGAUGCACAGGAGCAAGGCAAGCCUACACAAGGCCCAAGUAUAAUGCAACAAGGCUUGCCUGCUAUUCCACCCACACAAGCAGCGAUGCAUGCUGUGCCCGUGUCACAGAACGCAAACUUUACCAACACUGUACCCAACCGCCGUGGAGGUCGACGAAACAACCGCCGUGGCAAUGGCAAUAGGAACCCAAACUCAAGGAUUCACAAUCAAUCUACUGCAGGCAAUGAGGGUCAUUCUGAAGGAGCGGCGCCGCCCGUCUAA